UUUUUUGCGAUAUAUUGAGUUUAUCGUCGUUUAUUUUGAGCAGUUAUUUCAGUUUCAAAAAAUGUCUGGAAUUACUAUCACAAAGAAGGAUGUACCCAAGGAAAAAACUAAGAAAGCCAUCGAUGACGAAGAGUUUGAAGAGUUUCCUGUACAAGAAUGGGCGGAGCGGACAGACGAUGCAGAUGAUGAAGAGAUGAAUGUAUGGGAAGAUAACUGGGAUGACGAAACGCAUGAAAGCGAUUUCUCCAAACAGCUGAAAGAAGAACUUGCUAAAAGUGGUCAGACUGUCGCAUGAUCCUUAUGAAAGGCUCGUCAUGUGCAGAUUACCUACAAGCCGUUAUGGCGUUUACUAGUUUUGGUCAACUUUCUGUCGAAUGUUGCAUGUAUAUGGUGCUGCUGGGCGCUCUAUUAAUCAAGGUUUUUGUUUCUAAUUU